UCCGGUCUGCGGGCGCUGAUUGGCCGCCGCCUUCCCGCUUCCUUCUCCCCGUUCGAGAACCCGCCAUUUUGAAAACCUUGUUGAUUCCGGGAGGGGGAGAAGGAGAGUGACCGAGCGACCGACAGACCGAGCGAGCGACCGGCGGCGGGACGCGUGUGUGUGUCGCUGUGCGCCGCGGCGCCCGGCCCCGCCCCCUGCCCCCGCCCUCCGGUAACUGUCGCCUCCAGCCGCCGUUGCUGCCGCAGCCGCGCGUGAGGAAAGAGACAGGACCUGGGGCUCGAGCUGAGAACUGUACACCAUGUCUUCUGUUGCUUCAUCAAAAGAAGAUACAAUGUCGUCUGAAAAAGUAGAUGAGAAACAACCUGAAACUGAAAACAAAGCUGAGGAAAGUGAUGAAGAAGAAGAGGAAGAGGAGGAGGAGGAGGAGGAAGAAAAGGAAAAGAGUCUAAUUGUUGAAGGGAAAAGGGAGAAAAAGAAGGUUGACCGACUGACCAUGCAAGUGUCUUCGUUGCAAAAGGAACCUUUUACAGUUACACCAGGAAAAGGACAAAAACUCUGUGAAAUUGAAAGGAUACAAUACUUUCUGAGUAAAAAGAAGACAGACGAACUUAGGAACCUGCACAAACUCCUCUACAACAGGCCAGGCACUGUUGCUUCCCUAAAGAAGAAUGUGGGUCAGUUCAGCGGGUUCCCAUUUGAAAAAGGAAGUGACCAAUACAAAAAGAAGGAAGAAAUGUUAAAAAAAUUUAGAAAUGCAAUGUUGAAAAGUAUCUGUGAAGUUCUCGACUUGGAAAGAUCAGGUGUUAAUAGUGAGCUCGUAACCAGAAUCUUAAACUUCUUAAUGCACCCAAAAUCUUCAGGCAAGCCAUUGCCAAAGUCCAAAAAAACACCAAGCAAAGGUGGCAAAAAAGAACGCAGUAGCACUGGAACCACAAGAAAAGCAAAACGCACCAAGUGUCCAGAAAUCUUGUCAGAUGAAUCCAGUAGUGAAGAAGAUGAAAAGAAAGAAAAGGAUGACUCUUCAGAAGAAAAAGAAAGUGAAGAUGAGCCUCCUAGAAAAGCAUCUAAAAGAGAAAGAUCUAAAAAGAAUACUUCCAAAACCAAGAAAGCUGUGAAGAGUGCGAAUGUUAAGAAGGCAGAUAGCAGCACUACUAAAAAAAGUCAGAAUAGUUCUAGAAAAGAAAGCGAGUCUGACGAUAGUUCAGAUGAUGAACCCUUAAUUAAAAAGCUGAAGAAGCCACCUACAGAUGAAGAAAUUAAAGAAACUGUCAAGAACUUAUUGGCCAAUGCAAACUUGGAGGAGGUCACAAUGAAACAGAUUUGCAAGGAGGUGUAUGAAAACUAUCCUAGUUAUGAUUUAUCUGACAGGAAAGACUUCAUUAAAAAAACAGUCAAAGAGUUGAUUUCAUGAUCUGAUUUGACUGUGGGGAAUGAAGAUUCCUGGUUUUAUGUUCCCAUGGAUUUGAAGAUCUGAUAGGCACCAGCAAAAGGAAUGUGUGUUACCCUUGGUGGUAUUUAGUCAGAGCUGAUUCUGCUGAUCAAAUGUUAAAAGAGUGUUGAUGUAAAUUGCUUUGUGUGUCCUCUUUUUCUUUUUUCCUUCCUUUUUCUUUUUUCCUUUCUUUUUUUCUUUUUUUUUUUUUUUUUUUUUUUUUUUUUUUUUUUUGAAAACAAGCCUGCAUUUGAUGCAGUUUUUAGUUGAACAUACUUAAGCUUCGUGCAUGGCAGUAAAUGUUCCCUUUUUAUAAUUUUUGUACAUUUUGAAUUGCUUUGUAUAACUAGAUUCAUUAGAACCAUCAUAGCUUUUUAGUGUGGAUUACUAGCUUGCAGGAGAUUUUAAAAUCAAGUAAGAUGAAAGCUGCUUAUCUACACAUGUACAUGCAGAGACUGGAAUAUCGCAGUAUUGGUUAUAAAGAUAUUUUGAAUACAUAUCCAUUCUGAAAAUAACAAGAGUUAGUCACAUGUUAAUCUCUUUUAUAUUCUGAUACAUUCUACAGAUGCAGAAUUAUUCUGAAUCUAGAUUAUUGUCUUGCAUGUGUAGGCACUGAGAGAACUGUCAAAGCAUGGUAACUAAUUGGCAUAAAGAUGUUAUUUUUGUACUUUCAAAAGGCUUUCUGUUGUGUAUAUAAAGUUAUUUCAGAUUUCUUUUGUGCAAAUCAGUUUUUUAAUCUUGUUAUCUUAGAGUUUAUGACAUGAAAUGUCAGUGUUCAGCAGUGAGGCUGUGAUGAAAAGUGGUAUGCAGAAGUUUCAUGAAACUGCAAACAAGUUGAGAUUUUAUGAUGUUUGUCCCAUCUUGCCUUGUACAGAAACUAAACCGUAGUUUUAUACUUAAGCUUUUCAGCGUAUAACUUUGUACACAAGACUACAGAUACAUUUGUUUCAAUGGCUUGAGAAAGUAAAUGAAAUCCUUCCACAGGCUGUAGGAAAAUUUGUAAAGGUCACUUUGCAAAAAAAUCUGUACUUUAGCGUCUUGACUUGAUGGCCUAGCGUCUCGGAAGUGGGUGUCCAAGAUGUACAGCUGGGAGGCUCAAUAGCUUUGGAAAUCCACAGUGGGGCUUCCGUAUCGGGCAGCGCCGAUGUGUGUGGUUAAGUUCUCUUCUGUAUGCGAAAGCUCUUCUGAACCUGAGCCUUGGUGCUUCGACAUGGACAAUGGUACUUUUAAGCCUGCAGUCUUGAACUUUAGCCCACAGCUUUUCAGAUCAAAGUGAACUCUUUGCAUAAGUUUUUGUUCUUUAGGUUUCUGUUCUCCAUAUACCUUGGGCAAUCCUACACUUACAAUUAUGAAACUAAUAAUUGCCAAAGUGUGGGCUGUCAUUAACGCCAUGAGUACAGAAUCUCUCUGACUGUAGUAUUGCGGAAAGACAAAGCAUAUUUUUUGAAUUUUAUUGUACAGUUGGGAAAUAUGGGUUCAUAAAUGAUUUAAAAUCUGAAAAUGUUCAGCCAGUUAGACUAUUAUUCUUAACAUACUUUUUGAAUUUCUUUGCGUGUAAUGGUUUAUAAUGAGGCUGAAUGUAAUGAGGGGGGGUUUUAUAUUCAAUAAAUGUCUUUCACAAAAAUGUAAAUCAAUUUUGAUGAUCUAACAUUUGCUUAAAUAUAUAGUAAAAAAAAAAAUCUAUACAGAAACAAGGUUGUCUUUAUCUCGUCUGGUAGAAACUAGUCAAGCCUUUUUCAUCAGGCUUCUCUAUUUUAAAAAUACUAUUGCUGAAAUGUAUGUCCUUACACCAGGGUACGAUUUUAUAUCUUCUGUGAGGUUGGUUUCUUUUUAUUUGUUUGGGGAUUCUUUUCUCUGAACUGUCUUAGCAUAAAAAACACUUUAAUUUACAAUUAAAAGCAUCAAAAGUUUCCAAGUCCUGCUUAAAAGCAGAAAAUUACUUCUGUCAAGUUUUCUUGGGUUUUGGGAUGGAUUUUCUACAAAUGCUUGAACUGCCUUGUGAUUUUUAGGUAAAUAUACUGGUUGGUUUCAGUUACAUGGGUCAGGAGGUGUUUUUAAGAGGAGUGACUCACAAGUAUAAAAAUCCUAACAAAAAAUUACAAAAGGUUGGUGUACUUCUGUUUAUUGUAUGUACACAUUUCUUGCCACUUUGGAAUUGUGCAGAUGGAAUGGAAUGAACUCCCUGUCCUUCAAAUACUUUGUUUCAAUCUGUUAACUACAACUCAGUGUAGUCCUCAACAGAGAAGAAAUGUGUGAGCUGUUUUCCCUGCUAAUCCGUGCUAGUCUGGCUGCAGCUGAGACAAGAUUCCAAGUUCUUUCUAACAACUUGGGGAAAGGCUGCAGCACAAUACUGAAAGCAUAAAAAUUGCACAUAAUUCUACCAAAAAGAGCCCUGGAAAACAAUUGGUCUGAGGGCAUAGUCAACUACAGCUGUGUCUUACACUUGGGGAGCUUGUGACAAGUAAACAGCAGCACCCCUGGUUGCCUCCUACACAACAUCUGGUAUCAACAAAUAGAGUGCUCCAUUCAGGCAGCACGUUGAGACUAAAGCUCAAGCAAUCAAGACAAUGGCUAACCAUGGCACGUUUCAUGGACAACCCAGAAGUUCUGGUACACCCCUGGAAGCUAUCUUGUCUUUGAAAAUCACACUGCGUUUGUGGACAGAUGACUGAAAUUCACAACUGCUAUAAAGCAUGGAGAGUGGACAUGAAAAUCACUCUUCUAGACCAGAGCGUCACCAAAACCAAAGACCUGUUUGCUGCCUCUACAUUCUCAUGAGAUCACAAUAGCAGGUAUGUGGACUUAGAUUGCACGUGAUUCUGGUAACUGUAAAGCUGUCACCAAAUGUAGUUUUCUAGGAAAAGUUGAGCUUUCAGAUACCAAAGUUUUCCAAUGUCAUUGAAUCCUAACAUCUGAACUAUCAGUAAAACUAGAGAGAUCACCCGUGAA